UGGAGUGAGAGAGUGAGAUAGAGAGAAUUGAAUUGAGAGAAAGAGAGGGGGGGGAGAAGCACAGAGUUUAGAAAUGAGGGGGUGUUAAAAAGGAGGGUAAAGUUUGGUGAGAAUAAAAGAAGACGCUGGUUUGGAGAAAGAGAGAGAGAAUGUGAGAGUUAAGAAAAUAACAAAGAAGAGUGAAGAGGGAUUGCGGGAAGAGACAUUAGAUAUCCUAUUAUUCUACAAUUCAGAGAUGAUGUCAUUCUGCUGGAACUUGGCUGCAAUGCUCCUUCUACUAUUACUGACCCCUGACCUGCUUCCCACCCGCCUCAUCAACACCCGCCCCGUUCUCACACACGCCGUUCCCACCUCCCCGCCAGUUACAUACCCCAAGAUCCAAUACGUUACCGGCGUGGGCUUCGACUACGACGAUGACUACACUGAAGAGGAUGCUUCCCAUUUCCCUCCUAACCACAGAAAAUCCUCAUCAGCUUCUACUCUAGUUCCGAUGCAGUCCAAGCCCUGUGACUACCAUCCCUGCCAGGACAACCAGCUCCCCUGCUCCCAGCUCUCUGCCCAGACCGGAUGCCUCUGCCCUGGUCUAAGUGGGGCAGGCGAGCCCCCUCAUGCUCCACACCUCCAGAAGCUAGUACCAGGCGCUAAUGGGGGGGCAGAGAUACGGUGGUGCGCCCCAGCCUCUGUGGUAUCUGGGUACCGGGUCAUGAUUGAAGAUCAAAGAGGAGAACCUCUCCAGUUCGGGAGUGAUUCUCGGAGCGGGGUGCUGGGGGAACUAGAGGCAGGAGUCAAGGUGUGUGUGGAGGCGGUGAACAUGGCGGGGGCCAGCACCCCCUCGAAGCUCUCCUGCCUACACUACGACCCCCCUGAGGCCACCAACCUGGCCCUAAGGGCGGGGGUUAUCGGAGGGGGGCUGGGAUUUCUUCUGCUCCUUUUCCUGGUCACCCUGGUCCUCUGGAGGCGACAGACAUGUAAAACAGGGGAAAACUCAGCAAAGGGGCUGGGGAACCCCUCCUACAGCAAGGAGGGAACGCUGUGAUCCAGUUUUGGGAUUACAGACGGUACAGUGAUUCAGUAGUACAGGCGACCCCUAGAGAGAAUGUAGGAGUAAAGUAACUGGGAUGGGACAGAGCCAAAAUGGCUUCACUCACCAGUGACUCACCAGCACUGUGCUCAGGUUGUUCAGAAUCCUGCACUUAUGAAUAUAGGAAUGAAAGAACUUUGGACUUUUGUGAACUAAAUAACCCUAACAAAAUCUUAAGAGGCGUUGUGACUAAAGAGACUGCAGGUUGUUUGCUGGCAAAUUAACUUGUGUACAGAAGGAUCAAGACAGGGCAGUUAUGACAGUCAGAUUCAUGUGUAGAAUAAAUAAAACUAACUGAAUACUCAUGAUGAAUAACAAAAGCAAUUGUUUUUCUAAUAAAAGUGUUUUCAUAAUUUUG